GUUAAUGUUGUAGUGCGUACGUUCCAAUAUAUACAUUCAAUACAGUAACUUGAAUUAAUGCUUAAUGGAGUAUCAAUCAAACUAAAUAACUUUAUCGUCGGAGUUUGAUUUUAGGCUACUAAAAAUGGGAGCAUUGGAUGCAAAUAAAGUGAUCCAAGAAGGACAACAAUGGCGUAUUGUCACUUCCAUGUGGUUGCACGCCGGCGUCCUCCAUAUUUUCACCAAUAUGUUAAGUCUCCUUGGGGAUGGAAUUCGCCUCGAACAGGAUUUUGGUUUUGCAAGAAUUGGGUUACUUUAUACACUAUCCGGACUCGGUGGUAGCUUGUUGUCAUCUUUGUUUCUCCGAAAAAACAUUUCCGUUGGUGCAUCUGGAGCGCUAUUCGGUUUACUUGGAGCAAUGCUUUCUGAACUACUUACGAAUUGGACUCUUUAUGCCAACAAAUUGGCAACAUCGACAAUGCUCAUUCUCAUGAUCCUUGUUGGCCUAAUGGUUGGAAUCCUCCCACACGUAGACAACUUUGCACAUAUAGGAGGAUUCAUCACAGGAUUCUUCCUCGGUUUUAUCAUUUUGGUUCAUCCACAUUCCAAUCGGAUAAACCAAACUAUCGCUCCUCCUGGUUACUACACAAAAUCGAAAUACAAGUCAUAUCAGCACAUAUUCCUUGUUCUUUCCGUAAUAGCUUUAUCUGUGUUGUUUACAAUGGGAUUUGUGUUCCUUUUCCGGAAAGUAAAUGGAAACGAUUAUUGUUCUUGGUGUCAUUAUCUAAGUUGUGUGCCUACGCCUCUAUGGAGCUGUGAUCCACUGUGCAAUUCAAUACAAUUAGGCAACCAACUAAAUUUGACAUGCCUAGACAAUGGAAAGUCGAGGUCGUAUACACUGCCGGCAGGACUGUUGGGAAGAAAAAGGUUAAAGGGUGGGAAAGAAUUUUGAUGCAACAAAAACAAGAAAAAAGUUGAACAACAACUAACUCAACUAAUGAGACAAUUUGGUAACCCUCCUGAAAAUCCGUUUUAGUUUUGUUGUAAUUUUUUUUGAUAAACAUGCUACUCAAGUACAAAUACCUAAUUGUUUUGGUGAAGUAUUUGAUGGUAGCUAUCACUUUGGUAAAGUAUUUGACAUUUGGAUAGUAGUUAUCACUUUGUUGAAGUAUUCCAUAGCCACGGUUUGGGAUGAAAUUGUAUUAAAUUGUUUUUGUAUAUGUCUACAUCAUUGUGGUUGAAAGUGCAUAUCGGAUGAAUUUGUAUU